AUGGGCCUCGGGAAGACGAUCCAGGCGAUCGCAAUUGCGUACUUCUACAAAGAGGAGUGGCCCCUGCUGAUAGUCGUCCCCUCAUCUCUAAGAUACCCUUGGAUAGAAGAGCUAGAAAAAUGGAUCCCAGAGCUAGAGCCAGAGGAAAUCAAUGUCAUCACGAACAAAACUGACACUGGGAGAAUAGCGACCAGCAGAGUGACAGUUCUGGGCUACGGUCUCCUCACCACAGACGCAGAGACUUUGCUGGAGGCACUGGACAGGCAGAACUUCAAGGUCGUGAUAGUGGACGAAUCACACUACAUGAAGUCCAGAACUGCUGCCCGCAGCAAGAUUCUCCUGCCCGUAGUGCAGAAGGCCCAGAGAGCCAUUCUUCUAACAGGAACCCCAGCUCUGGGAAGGCCUGAGGAGCUUUUCAUGCAGAUUGAGGCCCUUUUCCCACAAAGGUUUGGAACCUGGAUGGAGUAUGCUAAGAGAUACUGCAAUGCACAUAUCAGAUACUUCGGGAAAAGGCGUCAGUGGGAUUGUAGAGGGGCUUCAAACCUCAGUGAGCUUCACCAGCUCCUGAACGACAUAAUGAUCAGAAGACUGAAGAGCGAAGUUUUAAGCCAGCUGCCCCCGAAAGUGAGACAGCGCAUUCCCUUUGACCUUGCACCAGCCACUGUCAAGGAACUCAAUGCCAGCUUUGAAGAAUGGCAGAAAUUAAUGAGAGCUCCAGAUGCAGGUGCCAUGGAGACAGUGAUGGGGCUGAUAACGCGCAUGUUUAAACAGACUGCAAUUGCCAAGGCAGGUGCAGUGAAGGACUAUAUUAAGAUGUUGCUUCAGAAUGACUCACUUAAAUUUCUGGUCUUUGCUCACCAUUUAAGUAUGCUCCAAGCUUGCACAGAAGCAGUCAUCGAAAGCAAGGCUCGCUACAUCAGGAUAGAUGGAAGUGUUCCGUCCUCAGAAAGAAUCCAUCUGGUCAAUCAGUUUCAGAAGGACCCCGAUACUCGUGUGGCUAUCCUGAGCAUUCAGGCUGCUGGCCAGGGUUUAACGUUUACCGCCGCGAGUCACGUUGUCUUUGCUGAGUUGUUCUGGGACCCUGGACAUAUCAAACAGGCUGAAGACCGUGCUCACCGAAUUGGGCAGUGCAGUUCUGUGAAUAUUCACUACCUGAUUGCAAACGGAACUCUGGACAGCCUCAUGUGGGCGAUGCUGAAUCGAAAGGCGCAGGUCACAGGGAGCACACUGAACGGCAGAAAGGAGAAACUCCAGGCUACAGAAGACGACAAAGAAAAGUGGGGUUUUCUGCAGUUUGCUGAAGCAUGGACCCCAAGCGACAGUUUUGAAGAGCUCAAGGACCCUGUGUUUACUCACUUUGAAAAAGAAAAGCAGCAUGACAUUCGAUCAUUCUUCUUACCGAAACCGAGAAAGAGACUGUUGGAAACGUCCGGUGAUGCAGCAGAGGCAGUCAAGGAGAAGACCACAGUGGCCUCAGACCCUAGAAACAUGGCCACCAAGGAGGGUACAACUGACAAAAAUGGGGUUGAACCUGAAGCUAAAAGGUUGAAAUCCCUGAGCACCAGGGACCACUGCAGUGCACUGGAGGAAAAGCCGUCCUUGCAAGCCAAGGCCACGUCCACCGACGGUGUUCAUGAGGUCAAGUCCCCAUUGACCUCCCCAGCCCUUCCUGAGAAGCGGUGGCAGUGUGGCUUCUGCACAUUCCUCAAUGACCCAGGCCUUCCGUACUGUGAGAUGUGUGAGAACCCUCAGGGCAGAGCUGGUGAGUGCACGGGAGGUGCAGGGGAGGUUGGCAGGGAGGGCUCCAAAAGACCACCCAAUCUCUGGGGUACUAUUGUUAGGAAAGUGCCUCGUGACUCAGCAGGGCCUGAGGCCUUAAAAUGGACUGGCCUCAGCCAUAGGCGGGAUAACAACAAAGAGGAGGAAGAGGAGUCUCAGAAAAGCACCUCCCAAAAUGAUCAAGCUCGUCUGCACUGUGUAAAACCGUGCUCCGCACAGCCGGAAGUGGAGUGGUUGGCCAGGAACAAGGAAGAAACAUCGAAAGAGCAGUUGAGUAAUUCAGACACUCCGCCAGUGCGUGAGACUUUCAUGUUUUGUGCAAGCAAAAACACCGACCGGAUCCACCUCUAUACCAAGGAUGGAAAGCCAAUGAACUGUAAUUUCAUUCCUUUGGAUAUAAAACUAGACCUUUGGGAAGACUUACCAGCAAUCUUUCAACUAAAACAGAAUCGCUCUCUGAUCCUGAGGUUCGUCCGAGAGUGGAACGGUUUGACCGCCAUGAAGCAGAGGGUCAUCAGGAAAAGUGGGCAGCUGUUCCGCAGCCCGGUGCUGGCUUUGGAAGAGAUCACGAAGCAGCAAGCCAAGGAGAGUAGUACCAGAAGAUACAUCACCAAAGAAGAUGUUGCCACAGCGUCCAUGAAUAAGGUGAAAAAUGAGGGCGGCCACAUCCGUCUCAUCACCAAGGGGUCCCUGACCCAGGACCCUUCUACAAAAAAACCUGACAGAGCCCGUGUCCCAUCUCCGAAUCCCGGCCCCGCUGAUCUCACUGCUGAGCCAUCCCCAUCGCAGGGCUACCUUCAGGCUGUGGAUAGGGAAGGAAGGCCACUCUGCCUCCGCUGCCAGCAUCCCACAUGCCAGCCCGAGCCAGGAUCCAAAGCCAGCGCCUGGGACUCACGGUUCUGCUCCCUGAACUGUCAGGAAGAAUUCUGGAUCCGGUCCAACAACAGUUACCUGAGAGCCCAGGUGUUUGCUACAGAACAUGGCGUGUGUCAGCUGUGUGGCGUGAACGCACAGGAGCUCUUUCUGCGGAUGAGAGAUGCCCCUAAAAGUCAGAGGAAGAAUCUUCUCGACUCUGCCUGGACUGCAAAACUCCCCCUGGAGCAGCUAAAUGAGAUGCUGAGAAACCCCGGAGAAGGCCACUUCUGGCAGGUGGACCACAUCAGGCCAGUGUAUGAGGGAGGCGGACAGUGCUCCCUGGACAACCUGCAGACUCUCUGCACAGUGUGCCACAAGGAGAGAACUGCCCAGCAAGCCAAGGAAAGAAGUCAGGUGAGACGACGCUCUCUGGCAACAAAGCACGGGUCAGACAUCACUCGGUUUCUGGUGAAGAAGUAAGGCGAGACAUAAACAGAAGCAAAAGGCCUUCAGAUAGGAGUUGUCACAAUUUUUCUUCAUGUUUAUCUGGUAUUUUAAGAAUGGAAAGUGUUUAAACAAAAGUCGAUAACUGAAAUUUAGAUAUUUGCUAAGCAUUCUUAAUGUUACAUACUGAACGGAAACUGAGGGAUGAUGGGAAGUCUCUGCUGUCUUACUGACUCGUGAAGAUUGUCAAUUCAACUUUGUUUCAGCAAGAUUUUUGUUCCACUUUCCCCCCUUACACACCUCAAUCAGUGCAUUGCACAUAGAUAGUGACAGAUAUACCCCACUCGCCUGACAGUUCCUUCUUGAUUACUGUUGGUUCUGACUGUAUAAAUGGUUCUAGUGUAAAUGGAACAUUCCAGAACAAGCGAGGACAUUUAGGAGACAAGCCAUCAUCAUUAAGGAGUUCUGGGCAGACCGUGACCAGCCUGCUUCUUGUACAAGAGCCUCCAGAUCAAGGCUUGGGUGCACGUUUGGGAUGCCGCCUCCUUGCUUGAUUUCUGGGCCAAUCAUCUUUAUUGAGAAGACGCAUUUGUAAAUAAACUGACUGUAAGCACCCGUGGUGUCUGUGUAGAACUCGUGUGUUCUGGGUAACCGUGAGAACAAGUGAGAGGCCAUCAAGUAUAAUGUCACGCAAGCCUCUGUUCUGUAUUUCUGCUUGCUUGCUUGUUUCCUCUCUCAGCUUGUUUUUGUUUUUAAAGUAUUAAAUCAGGCUAAUUGUCUUUGUCUCCUUGUCCUCAUUUCCUGGUUUAAAAAUCCUGGUAGUAUUUUGUUUUGUUCUGUUCUUUAAAUAAACCUUGUUUUUUUUUUUUUUU